AGCGCCAGGAGCGGGCAGCAGGGGCCUGCCUCUCUUGCUCAACCGCGGGCAGCCCCGCCCCACGUUCCGGAAUGCCCCGCGGAGGGGGGGCUGCCUGCCAGGCACUUGCUGGCACCCCAAUGGCCCUCGGGGAUUCCCCUUGGCCCCCUCCGCUGCCUGCCCCCCUUCCUUCUUUCCUUCCUUCCUCCUUUCUUGCCGUCCUCCGGUCAGUUGCGCGUCCUGCUCGGGGCAAAGAGAGGGAGAAGAAGACCAGACGGAGAGGCAGAAAGAGAGAUCCAGGCUGAGACCCAGACCCCAUGGACUCGCAGACCCCCGCCGACCCCUCCUCGUUCCCCGCAUCGCGCAUGCUGCAACCAUGGGCCUUCUCCCUGCCGCCCCCUUCUGGCGCCCCUGGGAAUGACAGCGGCAACGUCAACAACAGCUUGAGCUGUGCGGAGAGCGCCGACUUCCAGUUCGUGCUCUUCCCAGUGGUCUACAGCCUGGUGUUCGUGCUGGGCCUGGUGGGGAACCUCUUCGUCCUGAGCUACUUCCUGCGCACCAAGUCGGCCACAGCGCCGGCCAAUGUCUUCCUGGUGAACCUGGCCGUGCUGGACCUGCUCUUUGUGCUGACGCUACCCUUCCGCGUGGCCUACCACGCACUGCGCAAUGACUGGGUCUUUGGGGAGGCGCUUUGCAAGAUCAUCGGGGGCUUCUUCUUCGCCAACCUCUACGGCAGUUCCCUCUUCCUGGCCCUCAUCUGCCUGGAGCGCUACCUGGCCGUGGUGCACCCACUGCUCCACCUCCGCCUGCGCAGCUCCCGCCUCCGACUCGGGGCCGUCCUGGCCGUCUGGGCGGUGCUGGUUGCCGCUGUCCUCUUCAUGGCGCUGCGUGGCCCACUGACCAGCACCUUCCCCAACGGCCACAUCGCCUGCCUGGAGAACUUCUCCACCAGCUCCUGGAAGGGCCGCAUCUCCGGGAUCAGCAUCUUCGCGGCAGUGGUGGGCUUCCUGCUGCCCCUCGCCCUCAUCAUUGUCUGCUACCCACUCAUCGCCUGGCGGCUUCUGGCCCCUCCAACUGUAGGGUCAGGGGCUGGCUCUCGGACCGCCAAGCGCAAGGCCCUGCGCACGGUGCUGGUGGUGCUGGGGGUCUUCCUAGUCUGCUUCGCCCCCUACCACCUGGUACAGCUAGUCCACACGUUGAGCCGCGUAGGCCUUGUGGGUGGCUGCCCACUCCUGCGUGGGACCUAUGCUGCCCGGCGGGUCACCAUGGCCCUCACCAGCCUCAACGCCUGCCUGGAUCCUCUGGUCUACUACUUCGCGGCGGAGCGCUUCUCCCGGCAGUCCAGCUGGAGGCUCUGUGGCUCCAGGUGCGGGUGCUGCCUCCCCAAGAGGCUCCCCCGGCCCCUCUGGCUGCAGGCCCUGACCACCAGCAAGACCACCACCUCCUCCUCCACCGGGGAAAGCACUGUCCCAGGCCCAGGGCAGUGAGUGGGGAGAGGGACAAUGUCCACCUUUCCCCCAGCCACCUCCUUCCUUCAUGGCUCUCUCCUGCAUCUCACUGUCCAGCGCUGCAGCCCCAGAGCCCCUGGUGCAUCUGCCUGUGCCCCAAUGAAAGAGCGCCUCUGGGCCUGAGCGGAGGAGUGAAGGACCACGCUGAUGAACAGGAGCACAGCAGAGUGACAAUGUGCACCAAGGAAACGAAAGGAGGCCUUUUCCAAUUGACAUAUGGACAAAUGCAGUGAGCGUGUGGGCUCAGCUUUACAAUGGAUGGGAUGGUGCAUGCGCUGAGGACACCCUCCCCUUUUGGUUUACUAAACCAGUGGUUCCCAACCUGUGGGCUGCGAGACGGUUUUCUGUGAGUGAGCAGAUGGCGACUACUGGAUGGCAUAUGUUCUGUAUCAGAAACUGGAGCUGAUGUGGUCUAUCCAAUGCAGUUUUCUGAAUCAGCACCCCAAAAAACCAAACCGAAUCUAAAAUUGACCAAAAGCGGAUUCAUAACCCUUUUGCUACUAAUGUUGGAGAAGGAUCCCUGGUCAAAGUGGGCCCUGGUCAUAAAAAGGUUGGGAACCACUGGUUUAAACCCAAAGAAGCCCCUCCUGCUCUAAAGGAGCCCCCCCCCCCCCGAUGCCAAAGAUGUAGAUAAUGAGGCUGGCCCUGGACAAGACAAGCUGCGGUCCUGCUGUUUUCUGUCCAUUUGUCACCUCGACCUCUCAAAAGGUGCCGUUUUUAAACCAAAAUGGCAGUAAUCAGGUGUUCCUUGAUGUCAGAAAUAUUUAUUUUUGAAAAUGAAGUGUAAAGAUAAAGACAGAAAAGACAGGAGAGUCAGUGAAGCAGCCGGUUAUGUUUACUUUUAUAGCUAAAGCCAUGCAAAGACGCCCUCUCUGAGACGCUUCCCAGUUAGUGUCCAGUAUGAUUGGCCCAAAAAGGAGAGGCUACAUCAUUGUGUAUAGCUAAUAUCUUACACCCUGUUUGUGCCCAUUUUCUUAAUUAACAGACACUUUCUGCAUUAGCACAUUCCCGUAGCUCAAAAUCAUAACUGACGCACACAGCAUAGGGAGGGAAGAGACAGUUCCUGACUCAUUUCCUCAACGUGGUGAGCAAUUACCGCUUUCACUCCACCAACUAGGAGCUGCGGUGGCGCAAUGGGUUAAACCCUUGUGCUGGAUGAACUGCUGACCUGAAGGUUCCUGGUUCAAAUCCGUGAGGCAGGGUGAGCUCCUGUGUGUCAGCUCUAGCUUGCAGGGACAUGAGAGACGCCUCACAGCAGGACGGUAACGCAUCCAAGCGUGCCCUGGGCAACGUCUCUCUUGACGGCCAAUUCUCUCACACCAGAAGCGACUUGCAGUAGGUUCUAAAGUCGAGUUGUUACUGACAUAAUUUUUAAAAAACCCACCAGCUACUUCCCUCCACUGGUCUCAACCCAAGAAAGCUUCUCUGGCUCUAAAGAGAUGGAGGCUGGCUUUGGAGAAGACAGCAGCGGUGGUUCUUGUCAGGGGUCCCCAAAAAAGGCACUUGGGGUCAAACCAACCCCUGGAUCCUGCAGCAGUUUCUUCCAAGGAAUGCACUUUUAAAAUAGCUGCAUCUCUCUGUUCUUUCCUGUUUCUAUAUAUCAAACACACUGGAACCAUGUGUUAUCCGCCGGCAUCCCGUUUAUUCCUGUUCCAUAGAUUUACAGUUGCUUGCAGAGAUUGGCACACAGAAAUGAUCCAAUGAAAGAAAAUCAAGCACAUGGUCAGCACUUAUGUACUAUUACCCUUAUCACUGUUGACACCUCCGGACAUGACAUCUGGACUGGUCACCGUUACUUGGCCGGAUAUGACAUUCCUUUAACCCCUCAGUUACCCAUGCGACCAGGAACAUGUCUUGGGCAUGAUUUUUUUCCUAGCCUAUAAUUCCACCAAGUAAUCAAUUGUUCUGACCCAGCAUCCACUGAUGGAGCCAGGGACAAGGGUCCAUGCAGCCAGGGCAGACCUAGGCAAUUUUCAAGUGUAACCAAACUGUAUUUUGGCCCCCCCCCCCCACCCCCACCAAAUGCAAUGUGAGUGGAAGAAGAGAGCCAGGGAGAUUCCCCCAAAGUGUCGGGCUGGAGGGAAGAGUUUCCUCCCUCCGGCAAAGGCCCGGCCUAGGGAAACCCGGGGCGUGUUGCGGUUUCCUAGAACUUUUGUUUGCUCAUCUCUUUCUCUCUUUCUCUGGGCACUGAACCGGGUGCCUCAAUAGCGCCCCCAGGGGAUUGGUGCCUUCCGCAUUUGCGUACUUUGGUUACUGGUUCAGCCGCCCCUGCAUGCAGCGUUUGGUGGGGCCCAAGUGACUCCCAGCCUCAUUCUCCUUUACUUCUGUCCCGGACUCAGGGAGCGUUUUUUGGCGUUGCCCAGGAGUGCCUUUACCCAGCAGGAGCAGACACCCCAGUGGCUCCUGUGCCACAAAUGCCUAAUUUGGCCCUGAGGGUGCAUUCGGAGGGACACCUUCCAUACAGGGCUGCACUUGGGAAGUCAUCUCUGUCCAAAGAUCUGUGUCCAGAUGGACGAAGCUGGCUCUGAGGAGGAUGCCACCGCUUCACUGGCCACACCAUUUGUUUCUAGUCACCAUUGUGUCACACCGGUCAUUCCUACAAAGCCAUGUAUAUCCUUGACAUGCCAUAAUCCUGCAUGCAGGAAAGGAGUGUCUCAUGGCCUUCAUGUUCUUGGUGCAGGAGCCACAGAGGGCCUUCUUUGGGGGCUUAUUUUGGCCAAAAGACCCUUCCUCCAAGGCAGCGGCUCCCCUUUCGCUGACAGUCUCAGGCUUUGGGUUUUGGGUCACUGCUGAGAGGCACAUUCAUUAGUAAAAUGCCACUCUGUUACUGAGACUCUCAUGCCUUAAAACAACAGUGUUUUAAAGUUAUUACUUAUGGCUCCUCUUUAUUUGUACUGAGCUGCUUUGGGGAAAAGCGUGGGCUAAAGACCAAGGCAAUUCAAUCAGAAUGCCAAACGAGGGGCAGCCUUCCUGGCUGCCUCCGCACUUGUACACCGCUGUUUACAUUGUUAUCAUGUUGUUUGUUUUGCUUAUAUGUGGAAGACAUAUGACUUAUUAAAAGGAUAGAUCAUGUUUUGCA